UGAUUGGAGUCAGAGCGAAAUGUGUAGUGGUUGUGUUAUGGUAUAACUUUAUGUCAAAUGUAAUAAUUUUAAAUAUGUACUUACAAUGAAAUCUCAACUGUAUGAGGGUUUUUAUUCAUUAGUGCUUUCUUAUCCAAAGCUUAUGUUACAGUGAAUCCAAGCGGUGUGAAGUUGUGUUUAUUAAAUUUUGAAACGCAUUAUAUCCGUGCUUUGACGUGUGUAAAAAAAUAUCGAGCGCGUCUUAAAGUCAUCCAGAAUUCCAGAUUCAAAGGAGACGGCCGUCUCCCGGCAACAGUUGCCGCUGCUGCACUGCCCCAGCGGACCGGCAUGGCCGGCGCCGGCCUCCUGACAGGCGGUAGUUGCGCGCACCGCCGCUAGCCGGCGCCGCGAGAGCUCGGCGCUGCUGCAGCGCAGGGGCCAGUGCCGGGAGUACGGCGCGCUGAUGCCGAGCCUGCGCUCGCUCGUGGGCACGGCCAUGGGCGGCGGCGCGAGCACCAGCAGCGGUGGAGGCGGCGCCGCCCCCGCCGCCCCGCUCAUGCGGCGCUGCGAGACCGUGCUGGGGCUGGAGCCCUUGCAGCCGGUCAACAGGCUGAGGGUGCCGCCUCCCGGGGGCGGAGGCUCGCUGUCGCGCGUGUGUUCGCGCUGCAGCAGCCUGCUGUCCAUGGCGUCGUCCUCGCGCUACUCGCUCAACACUGCGGGGGACGGCUUCGCGGUGUGCCCCGAGCCCGCGCUGCUGUGCAAGCUGUGCCUGGCCGAGGUGCCUCUGCGCGACACCACCACCAUCUUCCAGUGCGCCUGCGCCUUCUGCACCGAGUGUAUGAAAGCGUACGUUGAAAUAGAAGUUCAAGAAGCAGCUUACGACAUCUCUUGCCCUGAUGCACAGUGUGAAAAGCAAGGUGUCCUCACGUUGGCAGAGAUUGAAAAUCUAGUCACCAAAGAAUUGCUGGAGAAGCACAAAAAGUUUCGGCUGAACAGAGAAGUGGACCUGGACAGGACGAGGACGUGGUGCCCGCGGGCAGGCUGCGAGACGGUGUGCAGCGUGUGCCCCAUGGAGCGCUGCCAGCCGCAGAGUGUGCACUGCCCCGCCUGCACUGCUGACUUCUGCUCCAACUGCCGGAGCCCCUGGCACGCAGGCCUGUCCUGCGAGGAGGAUGCACGACGCAGACCGGACCUCGCCCAACCGGGCAUCCCCUUCGACUCGGACCUCAUCAAGUGCUGCCCCAUGUGCAACGUUCCCAUCGAGAAGGACGAGGGCUGCGCGCAGAUGAUGUGCAAGCGUUGCAAGCACGUUUUCUGCUGGUACUGCCUCGCCUCGCUCGACGACGACUUCUUACUGCGACACUACGACAAGGGCCCGUGCAAGAACAAGCUGGGGCACUCACGAGCGUCAGUGAUCUGGCACAGGACUCAGGUGAUUGGCAUUUUCGCUGGGUUCGGCAUUCUGCUGCUGGUGGCGUCUCCUCUGCUGCUGCUGGCUGCUCCAUGCAUCGUGUGCUGCAAGUGUCGAGUGUGCAGCGGCAGCAGUAAGCUAGACUCUGAUGACGAACUGCAGGAGGAAUCUGCAUCGUGAAGAAAACUUGUUCAUUAUUUUUGACAUUUUAAAACUCGACGAUUGGCUCCAGGCUUCCAUAUAUUUGCAGAAAUCGGCUCCAGGCUUCCAUGUGUUUGCAGAAAAUACGUUUACAGGUGAAAAUUGCGUACUGUGUUGUACUUAACAAUAAUUUUCAUAAAUGACUGUUUUUGUUCUGCUUGGAUGCACAUGAACAUCCUCUGCAACAGAGAAUUGUUUACUUAGAUGAAAGUGGGUGUUUCAUUGUACUUGUUUAUAAUCUGUUGCUAACUGUACUAUUAAAUAUAAACUGAUCUCCUAAAAUAUGUUCGCAAAAGUUCAAAUUUUUUGCAAGUACUUAAGUGAGAUUAAUUGGAAAGAAAAACAUAUUAGUGUAUUUACUUUUACUGUGGUAAUCAAUGCAAUUAUUAUAACUAGCAUAAGUCACAAGUGUGAUCAUUCACAGAUUUUUUGGUGAUUGGUUAAGUUAAGAGGAGGUUCUAAACAAGACUAGUGAAAAUGGUUAAAAUAGCUUUCAGUGCUGCAUUUAUCUGUGAUAAAGUGUACAUCUCAAGUCUUAGUCUGUAAUGUACGCCUUCUGUGAAGUUGUUAUUGAUACUGUUUGAACUAAGACACGUGACACUUGCCAAGUGUUAUGUAAAAUUUAAACCUUUUGAUAAUGUUACCAUUAUCAUAGGCUCAGAGUAUGGCAUGUGUGUAUGUAUCUCCUAACCUCAAGCACUCCGCCUGACUGUAAAGGAUUGUGCUGUAGGUGUACUAAUUAAUUGUAUAAUUUUUACUACAGAUAAACUUCUGUGUUUACUUAAAAUAUUUGUGUCUUUAGAUAUUGUGUUUUAUGUCUUUAACAACUUUUCAUAUAAAUGCAAUAACCAUUGCAGCAUUUGUCUUUAGAAUAAAUUAAAAUUUCUAAUUGAAAGGUGAAAUGGUUUGGAUGAAUUCAUAAAACUUUUUGUUUUAUUAAAAAAAAAAAACACUA